AUGGAUGAUGGCAACAACAACAACAAAACAUCUUCCGACCAAGUCAUUGCAGAAAUGGUCGAAAUGGGUUUCGAGUAUUCCAAUAUUCUAGAAGCCAUAAAAGUAGUGGGUCCAUCUAUUACCAGCGCUGUGGAGCAUAUCUUGAAUAGAACUAGCUCUGAAGCUGAAACAUCCACUACCCACAAUUCCAAAAUUCACACACAUCAUGGGAAGCCUCUCAAAAAACGAGCUUUGCCCUUGUCCCGUCAGGUUCGACAAUCGAGGAUACUCGAGCAUUUCCAAUCCACUGAUAAAGUCACAGAGAGUAAGAACAAGAACAAUGAUCUAGUUGUUGAUGUGGAAGAGCACAAGGACUUCAAGGAGCACAAUGAUGUACUUGUAGCUGAGUAUUUGGAUAUUGAAUCUGAUUGGGAGCAAAGAGCUAGUAACCUCUUGCAAAAGCAUUUUGGUUUUUCAUCCUUGAAAUUUUUUCAGAAGGAAGCUCUUGCUACUUGGGUUGCUCAUAGAGACUGUCUUGUCCUGGCUGCAACAGGAUCUGGGAAAUCUCUGUGCUUUCAAAUUCCUGCUUUAUUAACUGGGAAAGUGGUGGUUGUGAUUUCUCCCUUAAUAAGCCUGAUGCAUGACCAAUGCUUAAAUCUAGCAAGACAUGGAAUCAGUGCUUGCUUUCUUGGGUCUGGGCAACCUGACAAUACUGUUGAACAGAAAGCAAUGAGAGGCAUGUAUAGUGUAAUUUAUGUUUGUCCAGAGACAGUCCUAAGAUUGAUUGAACCACUGCAGAAGCUUGCAGAAAGUCGUGGCAUUGCUUUAUUCGCAAUUGAUGAGGUGCAUUGUGUUUCCAAAUGGGGUCAUGAUUUCCGUCCAGACUACAGCCGACUGUCUGUGCUGAGGGAAAAUUUCAGUACUAGCAAGCUAAAAUCCCUGAAAUUUGAUAUACCACUGAUGGCCUUGACAGCUACAGCUACAAACAGAGUUCGAGAAGACAUUUUAAAAUCACUAUGCAUGUCAAAAGAAACAAAAAUUGUUCUUACAUCAUUUUUUCGUUCUAAUUUACGCUUCAUGGUAAAGCAUAGUGGAACAUCACCGGCUUCUUAUGAGAAAGAUUUCCAUGAAUUGAUUAAAGUAUAUAGUAGAAAGCAAAAUAUUGAUGGAAAUGAUUCAGAUCAUAUUUCCAAUAGCCCUGAUGCUAGUAGAAUCUUUGAUACAGACAGUGUUUCUCCUUAUGAUGUGGAUGACAAUGAAGAUGAUUAUGCUGAUAGAGAUACUAAUGUAAUACAUUCAGGAAACACAGACAAUAUUAUAAAAGGAAAAGAAUUGUCAGUUGAGUUCCUGGAAAAUGACGUUGAUGUCUUUCCAAGUGUGGAUGACUGGGAUGUUACCUGUGGUGAAUUUUGUGUACAACCUCCUGCCAAGGAUUGGGUGUUAUCCGAGACAAUUGAUCCACCUAAGAAACCAGAAGGGAGACUGAAAAUGCUUAAAGAUCCUUUGGAACAAGGACCAACAAUUAUAUAUGUACCCACCAGAAAAGAAACGCUGAGAAUUGCAAAGUAUCUAUGCAAGUUUGGUGUGAAGGCUGCUGCUUAUAAUGCAGGGCUGCCCAAAUUGCAUCUGAGAAGGAUUCAUAAAGAGUUUCAUGAAAAUACUUUAGAGGUUGUUGUUGCAACAAUAGCAUUUGGAAUGGGAAUUGACAAAUCGAAUGUCAGAAGAAUCAUCCACUAUGGUUGGCCACAGAGUUUGGAAGCCUACUACCAAGAAGCUGGUCGGGCUGGUCGAGAUGGGAAACUAGCAGAUUGCAUUCUGUAUGCAAACCUAGCGAGAAUACCAUCUCUUUUGCCAAGUCGUAGAAGUGAAGAUCAGACAAAACAAGCAUAUAUCAUGUUGUCUGAUUGUUUCAGAUAUGGAAUGAAUACUUCAUGUUGUCGAGCAAAGACACUUGUGGAGUACUUUGGAGAGGAUUUCAGUCAUCAGAAAUGUCGCUUAUGUGAUGUCUGCAUUGAAGGACCACCUGAAAGGCAGAAUCUAAAAGAGGAGGCUUGUAUUUUACUGCAAACUAUAGGUGCCCAUAAUGCAUGUAGGUUUUCCAUGGAUUGUUCAUAUGAUGAUGAUAUACGUGUCGACUCCAAAGAUAGAAGACUAGGAGAGAGGCCAAGUCUUAAGAUGUUAGUUGGAAAGAUAAGGGAACAGUUUCAAAAGUUUUUAACCACUGAUAUAUUAUGGUGGAGAGGUCUUGCUCGAAUUUUGGAAGUUAAAGGAUACAUCAGGGAGGGAGAUGACAAGACCCAUGUUCAGAUAAAAUACCCGGAGCCAACAGAAUUGGGAUUGAAAUUUGUGAAGUCCAUGAGUGAGCAAGCUUUCUAUGUUUACCCUGAGGCAGAUAUGUUGCUUGCAAGUAAAACUCGCAAAUCAUAUUCGUCAUUCUCAGAAUGGGGAAAAGGUUGGGCUGAUCCUGAGAUUCGUCGCCAGCGCCUGGAAAGAAUGCAAGUCAAUAGAAAGCCAAGGAUGCUGCAAAGUCCCAAAAAGCAACGAAAGAGAAAAGCUAAGAAAGUGCAACCUGAUUUGAGGACUUCUCGAGGUAGAUUGGCAGCAAAACUCUCAAAAUAUAAGUGAUAUGUAAAGGUCAUCUUAUCUAGUUAAUAAAAAAUAAUGGAUUAUUUACU